AUGGCGAAUUUUCCCCGACAGGCGUAUCUUUUUUCAACAUCUACCUCGCCUACCGCAUUUCUCUAUCAGACCCGAACUCUUUGGCCUGUAUCUCGAUCUGUUCUCACGCGAGGCCGGUCCCAAUAUCAAUAUUCCACCGAUGAACAGGCUGUCAAGGAUGAUCAAAUAAGCACCAAUAACUCUUCAUUGGCUCAAGGUAGCCCUAGUAAUGCUGACCCCUUACAAGAGAAGGUCACUAAAAGCUCUCCGUCCCGUACAAGCUAUCUACGUCGACGCGGCAGGACAGCCCCUGCUUCAUACCCCACCAACGAUAAACCCUGGUCAAGAGACUCUGGUACCAAGAAGUCCAAGUCCAGAACCUUUACUCGGAAUGAGCGAGAUGCAUUUGAUGGCUUGUUGUCGCGGUGGAAUAAACAGCAAACGGACCAUGCCCAAACAGAAGAGAGUGAAACAAUAACUCACUUUGAGUCCAUUCUUGGAACUACUACACAUGGUGCAUCACAAAAACAUGGAUCGGAGAGCAAGCGGAAAGAAACUCCAAUUAAAGAUCGGGAUAAGCCUCGUGAUGAAGAGGAGGGAAUUCAUCUCAGCGAGUUAGGAUUUACAACUCCUGGCUCGCGAACAACGGUAGAUCCUAUUGUCCCCAUGAAAGCGGCAAUCCAUAUGGUCGUACAACGAGAGUUGAGGAAAAUUGAGGCUGAGCUUUUCCAAGCCAUGGAGGACCAAAAAAGCGAUUCCGCUGUUUGGAAAGUGUGCAAGGAGCGAAUUUUCACCAUCCCUGAUCAUGUAGGAGGAGCAACAUCUUCCUCCUCUUCCGAUCUUGAUGGUGUUCCUAAUGAGCACCAAGUCGACCAGUCCAACAGCGGAGAAGUAUUUUCUGGCCCGUUGAAUAUCCCGGCCGCAGUCCCAGCCGGGCUUGUAGUAGCGAAACUAUACCCACGACUUCUGGUAGUUGCAUUCCGAGUCCUCAGCACCCACUUCCCUGAGUCUCCCCUUAUUGGUCAAUUCCGAACAGCGGUUCGAGCAAAUGGCCGCACCUCUGCUUUCCUAGGGACGUCUUCACAGCUUUAUGAAGAAUUGAUGACUUUCUCUUGGUAUACCUGCAACGAUCUUCCGGCAGUGGUUUCCUCUCUGCAAGACAUGGAAAUUGCGGGACUGGACACUAAUCGACGAGUCCGCAAGCUUUUGCGAGACAUCGUCGAUCAACGAGAGCAUGAUCUUGACUCGCCGGACCAAGUCCGUGACCGGUCCUUUUGGGAUGCACCACCGAAUCAACAGGCAUUCGAGGAGCUUGCAGGCCCUGGCGGCUGGCUUGAAACAAUCAGCUCUCGGAUGAAACAGCAAAAGCACUCGACAAUGCCGGUUCUCAAGCUAUAA